AUGUCUGAUAUCAUCACACAAGCAAUUUCAUCAUGGAAUAAGGCCUGUUUACCUGAUAUUCAAACCGAAUUAGAUCAAAAUCUUUUAAAAAUUAAAGAAUGGGAAGACAAAAGUUUACAAAGCAGACAAGUUAUUGCAACUUCAACCAAACAACUCAACAAAAAAUAUAAAAAUGUUACAACUUCAUCAAAUGAAAUUGCUAACGCCACAAUUAUCUCCGAAUAUAAAACUUUAAUCAAAAAGUACCAACAUGAAGUGGAUGAUCUAACCAAUCGGGCUAAUACUAGCGAACGUGUUAUUGUUAAGUUGUACGAAAAGUUUGGGGAAGUUCCCAAUCCUGAACCUUUAUUGCUUCAACUUUUACACAAAAAUGAUAAUAAUGAUACCAUAAAUGAUUUGAAGAAAAAAAUUUUAGAUAACGAACAGACAUAUAAGAAAAAAAUCUUAGAAUUAGAAGCUAAUCAAGCUAAGAUAUUAGCCAAAAAGGUGGUUGCCAAAGAAAGCGAAUUACACAGUAUUUGGCUAGAAAAAGAAAGUAAUUGGAAAAGUCGUGAGAAGGAAUUGAAUAACACAAUUGAAAAAUUAAAACAACUGCAAAAAGAAGAGGAAGAAGCUGCCAAAAAAAACACAACUAAAGGCGAGGAGUCCAACGAGGUACCAAGUAUUAACUCUGGUGACUUUGAACUAGUUGUUGGCGAGCUAGAAUCAUGCCAAAGAAGGAUAAUAGAUUUGGAAAAAAGAAACGAAACAUUAAGUGGAGAGGUGAGUAAGUUAUCCAACUCUUCAGAAAAGGAUUCAGAAGUUCAUGAAAAAAUGUUCGAAAUUAAACAAUUAGAAAGUGAAGUUUCCAUUUUAGUGACUAAGUUAGAUCAAUCCCAAGACGAAAACUCUGACAAAGCAAAUGGUUUAUCCAUGUUACAAACACAAAUUGCCGCGUUAAAUAACGAAGUUUCUGUUUUGAAACGUAAAUUAAAUAAUUAUUCUGAUUACGACAAAAUCAAACAGGAGUUAAACUCUUUGAAAAAAAUCGAGUUUGGGUUUGAUGAAGAGGAUGAGGAAAAUGACGGUACCAGCAAAGCUGAUAGUACUGUGGAAAUGGGGUUGGUUCAAGUUAAUAAAAAAUUACAAAACAAACUAGCUGAAUUACGUGGGAAUGUAGCGGAUAUGGAACAAGAUAAAAAGGAAUUUCAGCUGCAAAUAGGCGCUUUGCAAAGCCAGAUUUCUGAUUUGAAGUCGCAAAACGAAACUUUGGAAGAGGAUUUAGAAAAAUUGGAUGAGGUCAGUUCCAAAUUUACGGAUACACAAAGUAUAAUUUCCGCAAUGACAACAACACACAGAUCCUUUAAAACUGGGACCAGCUUUGCCAACCACCAACGCAAUACUGGACAAUUAUCACCAACUAGUUCGAUUGUAGCUGGAGUUGAUCCAACUACUAGUAACAUUAACAGCAUCAAUGCCCACGAUUCCAGUACAAGUGGAGUUGCUAACAAUCCAAUUAUGAAAAUUGUUACUCAACAAAGAGAUAGGUUUCGUUCUAAAAAUGUUCAAUUGGAAAAACAAAUAAAAAAAUUACAAUCUGAGCAAGAUGGCUUGACAAGGAAAUUAGAAAAACUAAGCGAUGAUAAUAAGAAGUUGUAUGAAAAAAUUAAAUAUCUAAGCUCAUAUCAAAGAGGUGAGUUUGAAGUUCAUGAUGUAGAAGAACAAAAAUACGAAAACAUUUACAAUGAAUCAUUACAUCCAAUGCAAAAUUUUAGGCAGCGUGAAAUUAGUAGGUAUCAUAAUUAUAAAAUGAAUCCAUUAGACAAACUCUUUUCUACCUUGGCUAAGUAUAUUUUGGCUAAUAAGACUAGUAGAUUUUGCUUUUUAUUUUAUUGUUUGGGAUUGCAUGCCUUGUUGAUGAUAAUGUUUACUUAUGGCAUCAAUGUGCAGGCAACUGGUUAUGCCUCCGAUAGUGGGAUGGUUCAAACAUCGGCUACAAAUUUAAUAUCUAAUAAUAAUGGAGGUGCUGGUGCUGGCUCCAUUGGAAAAUUUUAA